CACGCAUGAGGAGAUAACGAUAUAAACGGCGGCGGAAGAGGCUCCGAAAAACAGUCGAGACUGGAGCGUCGCUGAGUUUACACGAUCGAAAGCUGAGCAAGUCCACGGAAGUGAAUAUCCCGGAGUUAUCAUGUUGAAGUCGAUUAUCGUUUUUGCCACUAUCUUGGUGGCCGUGGCCGUGGCCCUGCAGCCAUUGGAGGACAAUGAAAGGAACCACCAUCUGAACCACAAGCACCAGUUGUCGCAGCACCACCAGAAGCUUCAGGAGGUGAGGCAUUCGGCCCACGAUAUCCUGAAACAUGGCAAGGAGCUGCAUCAGGGGGGCUCCCACACAAAGGAGCACCUAGCCCAUGGACAAUCCCACCACUCUCAGAGGAAGGCCAGGCAGAGCCACAAGGAGCCGGGCCACAAGAAGAGUCACCAUCAGAAGGAGCGCCGUCCGCAGCAGGACAACCACUCCCGAAAAUCCCGAUCCCACUCGAAGGGCAGCAAGCAGCAUCACAAGCGGCACACGGGAUCACGCCGCCACUAGGAUGGCCCAAGGAUGUGGCCGAGAUAUAUUCCAUUUAAACCAUUCGUACUUUUGCAUGUUAGAGACAGUAAACCCAAUCUAUUUAAAUAUAUAAACAUUUACUGUGACAUAAGCCAUGACCAAAUAAACUCACAUUUUAUAAAUGAUAUUGAUCCACAA